AAGUUAGAAACUAACUCACGAGCUCCAACUCUCUUCCAUUUUCUUUCUCUCUCUCUAGAAGUGUCUUCAACCUCAGUUUCACAUCCUUUUUCUUUUCUCUCUUGUGUUCUUCUUUCUUCUUCGUGCAUGGCAGUGAGAUUGUUGGAUCAUCAUCUCUCUGACAUAUGCCUUGGAAAGCCUGCACUGACCUCUAUUUCUCUUUCCGCCACACUCGCCGACGCUCUCUCUGCACUCAAGAAGCUCGGUGAAAACUACAUCAGCGUCUGGAAUUGCUCCUCCCAUUACUCCAAAUCCUCCUCCCACUACGAUUGCCAGUGUAUCGGCAAGAUUUCCGUUCUCGAUGUUGUCUUGUUCUUAUGUAAGGAAGAGAAUCUCUCCCAACCUGCCGUCGCGCUUCAAUCCUCUGUUUCGGUUCUCAUUCCUCCGGUUCCUGUUCUCGUUGUGCAUUUAGAGCCUCAUGCUAGUUUGGUGGAAGUCAUAGACCUCCUUCUCGAAGGUGCGCAAAAUCUCGUAGUCCCAAUUCAAACUAGAACCUCUGCAAAGUCCAGAGAGAAGGUUCUGGAGGUAGUUGCUCCCUUUGACUGUCCGCUCCACAAUGGCCUUGAAUAUUGUUGGAUCACCCAAGAGGACAUAAUCCGUUACCUCCUCAACUCUAUUGGGCUUUUCAGCCCCACCUCCAUCACUCCUAUUAAUUCCCUUAACGCCAUCGACACCGCCAACAUUCUUGCUGUACACUACGACGAUCCAGCACUCUCUGCCUUGCCCCUCAUUUCUCAAGCCAUCAUCCACCAAUCCUCAGUUGCAAUUGUCGAAUCAGACGGGAAGUUGAUUGGAGAAAUCUCACCCCUCACAUUGAAUUCUUUUGAUGAAACCAUAACAGCUGCAAUUGUAACACUCUCAGCAGGAGAGCUAAUGGCGUAUGUGUACUGCAAUGACCCGCCGGAGGAUUUGGUUCAGUUGGUUAAAGACAGAUUGGAAGAGAGAAACUUAAGGGGGCUGUUGGAGUGGGUGGAAGAAGAGUCAGCAAUGUCAACAUGUUCUUCAUUUUGCUCAUCUUCUUCAGAUGAUGAUUCUGGCUCGUGGUGGGGAAGGAGUGGAAAGUUAAGAAAGUGUUCAACCAGGCAAGUGAGGAGGAGCUCAGAGGUUGCUGUGUGCAAUCCCCAGAGUUCAUUGGUGGCAGUGAUGAUUCAAGCUCUUGCACUUCGUGUUCCAUAUAUGUGGGUGACGGAAGAAGAUGGAUGCUUGGUUGGUAUUACCACCUUCACGUCGAUGUUGAAGGUUUUCCAUGAGCGUUUGAAAUCAAUGUGUUGAAAGAACAUCAGCAAGAGCUUUGCCCUGAUCUUAAGCUGAAACUAUACAUAGAGAGUGCUUUGAACUCAAUUGUGUUAUUUUGCUUACUUUAUUUUGGAGUAUAACGUAAAUACAUAACCAUACAUUUUUGCAGCUUUCUAAUGAAAUAAA